AUCAGAGGACGGGACAUUGCGAAAGGAAGUGAGAAAAUUAAAGAAGAAGAAAAAAAAAACCCCCUUCGCCGAAGCAAUGCCCGAAAGCCGAUGAGUGCCAAGACUCUUGUUGUCCAGGCGUUCAAUGCGCGCUCACUGCUCAGUGCUGUAGCCUGUAGCCUGCGGUGGGCGUGGCCACUGGCAGAUGCUUGGCUGAUUGCGAAGUGCGGUGGACAACCUGAAAGUCGAAUGCAGCCCCCAGCAUGGCGCGAUAAAUGGACCGAAGGACGGGCGGGCCUCGCUGGACCAUAAACUUGCCAAAGCGGGUUGAUAUGUGAUCUGCGGCCUGGCAAUAUCUGCUUUACCCAAGCAGCGAAUACGGACCCCUUUGUCGAUCGAUUGGAGGGGUUUGAAAAGAGGAGGUGAAGCCUGAAUGAAGCUUGAAGCCUGGAGGAGUGAGUGGGAGGAGCCAAGGAGCCACAAGAAUGCAGGACAGCGCGCGACGCAGACACGGCAUACAAGUAUGGGCAAUCGCGG